ACAAUCUCUCUGUUCCAUUUUUCUCAAUUUCGAAAGAUGUUGAAGCUUUCGUGUAAUGUGACUGAUUCUAAGUUACAGAGAAGUUUAUUCUUCUUCUCGCAUUCUCAUCGAUCUGAUCCAGUGAAUUUCAUUCGUCGGAGAAUUGUCUCUUGUUCUCAGACGAAGAAGACGGGUUUGGUUCCUUUGCGUGCGAUUGUAUCUACUGAUCAAGGAACUGUGAUUCAAGGUUUGGGUACUCUCGCGGAUCAGCUCCGAUUAGGUAGUUUGACGGAAGAUGGUUUAUCUUAUAAGGAGAAGUUUGUUGUUAGAUCUUACGAAGUUGGAAGUAACAAAACCGCUACCAUUGAAACCAUUGCUAAUCUUUUACAGGAGGUGGGAUGUAAUCAUGCACAAAGUGUUGGAUUUUCGACUGAUGGAUUUGCAACAACACCAACUAUGAGGAAAUUGCAUCUCAUUUGGGUUACUGCAAGAAUGCAUAUUGAGAUCUACAAAUACCCUGCUUGGGGUGAUGUGGUUGAGAUAGAGACAUGGUGUCAGAGUGAAGGAAGGAUUGGAACAAGGCGUGAUUGGAUUCUUAAGGAUUGUGUUACUGGUGAAGUCACUGGCCGUGCUACAAGCAAGUGGGUGAUGAUGAACCAAGACACAAGACGGCUUCAGAAAGUUUCUGAUGAUGUUCGGGACGAGUACUUGGUCUUCUGUCCUCAAGAACCGAGGUUAGCAUUUCCGGAAGAGAAUAACAGAAGCUUGAAGAAAAUCCCGAAACUCGAAGAUCCGGCUCAGUAUUCGAUGAUUGGGCUUAAGCCUAGACGAGCUGAUCUCGACAUGAACCAGCAUGUUAAUAAUGUCACCUAUAUUGGAUGGGUUCUCGAGAGCAUACCACAAGAAAUUGUAGACACGCACGAGCUUCAGGUCAUAACUCUGGAUUACAGAAGAGAAUGUCAACAAGACGAUGUGGUGGAUUCACUCACCACCUCGGAAAUCGGUGCAACCAAUGGCUCUGCCACGUCUGGCACACAGGGCCACAACGAUAGCCAGUUCUUGCACCUCCUGAGGUUGUCUGGAGAUGGUCAGGAGAUCAAUCGCGGGACAACCCUGUGGAGAAAGAAGUCAUCAAGAUAAAGAAAUAGACAAUCUCUUAAGCCAUUUUGUUCUCAAGUUUCCAUCAUCUCAAUGAAGAUUUCGCUUCACGAGUCUCAUUUUUUUCUCUUUCAAAUUUGGGUUAGACUAGAGGAAACUGGAUUGUUGGAGUAAUCUAUGUUGAGCUUAAUUAUGUUUGUUCAUGUUUUUGUACAAAUUUUGGGAUUUAGCCAAACCCAUAUCUUCUUUGGUCUUGUCUUCUGCCUGCGUGUAUUUUUAAUCUAUCUGUUCAAAACACAAAGAUUGUUCAUCAGAUGUUUUAUAUAAACAGAGUUUCUUUGA